CCUAUUAACGACAGAAAAAAUCACUGUUGAGUUUGCUCUUUUCAGAUUCUUUUCUGAUCACCUCAUAACCACCCUCUUAUAUUACCCUCGAUGUUUGUGUUUAUUUUAAAAAUGAAGAUAUGUGCUGAUAAAAUAUUCUAGGAUAGGCCUAUCACUGUUUUUCCUUCCUUUUCCUUUCUCUUAAGUUUCGGUUUCAUUUCUGUCUAAGCAGACGUCGUUCUCUGUGCCUGUAAGGAGCUAGCUCCUGCAUUCACAGCUGUUGAGGUUGUCCUACGGGUAACUCGUUUCAGAAUGACCACAGUUAUCUCUAAAUUUAUCAUCAAGACUCUGUGUGACAAUCAGGGAUGUUUGGACUUCAGGCGCCUGGAUGAGAGCAUCACACAGAGGUUCACUGUGGCGGAAUCAGUCCUGCAAAAUGUCCUCUUCGACAGCGAUAAAAUAGCCAUUCAAGAGGGCAGACAGAAGACUGUCGGUCGUAAAGCCCUGAGCCCGGAUAGUCUAAUAGUGGCUAAAACCAGUCUGCGGCUCUGUCAGAAAAAACCUGGAGAGUGUCCACAGUGCCAUGAGUUACACCUGUGCAGGUAUUUCGUGUGCGGGCACUGCACGUUCGGACACAAAUGUAAAAAUCCCCAUAGUCUGACUUUUACACACAAUGCAGAGCUUUUGAGGAGACAUGGUCUUCAAGAUUUGACAGAGAAGCAGUUGUUCCAGCUCUUACUGCAGAAUGAUCCUUAUCUGCUUCCUGAGAUUUGCCCACAUUACAACAAGGGCAAUGGUUUGCAUGGUUCCUGCAAGUUCACUACCUCCUGCACCAAACUUCACGUCUGCCAGCAUUACCUCCAGGGCGACUGUAAGUUUGGCUCUUCCUGUAAGAGAACCCACCAUUUCAAUGCCCAUGGAAUGAAGAUCUUCCGAGGAUUCAGUCAGGAGAAUAUUGAAAAUCUUCGUGAGAUCUACAGAAAUAAAUUCAUCAUUGUGGAACAGCAGGAGAGAGGAGCCACUGCUGGUCCUGUGCUGCCAGAGGCGAGAAUCCCCUCUCAGCAGUCUUCCCACAGCAGACCUGCAUGCCUCACGAGUUCUUCUCCAUCGAAAGCCAUGAGUGAUGCUGACAGGAAUGAAAUCUGCCUCUUCUUUAUUCGCAGACACUGCAGCUUCAAAGAGAAGUGUGCCCGUGUCCAUUGGCACCUGCCUUACAGAUGGCAGGUGUUAGACAGCGAUGGUUUGACCUGGAAGGACCUGCCUAACAUGGAGGACAUUGAAAAGGCCUACUGUGAUCCAGAACAUGACAAAGACUGCAUGGAACAACCACUGACCACAAUAGGGAUUUUCAGAUUUCUGUCUAUUCAAAGCUCUUCACCCUCCCUUGAGCAGUCAGUUGACUUUAUGGCGAUGACAUGUAGAGGUUCUCCAGUUCGUCGUCUGUCCACUGCCUCGUCUGUCUCGAAGCCCCCCCACUUCAUUCUUACAACAGAGUGGCUUUGGUACUGGAAGGAUGACAGUGGGAAAUGGCUGGAGUUUGGAAAGAGCGAUGGUGACACACCAGCCUCUAUUACAUCUCAAACUCUGGAGAACGUCUACCUGGCAGACAGAGAUACAGAGAUUCCUUUUGGUGCUGGCAAACAGCAGUAUAUUCUCUACUUCAAAGGUGCACCAGGAACCCAUCAGAUGUAUCAGCAGAACGUAAGGUACAAAACCAAGAGAGAGGUCAGAAGGAGGCCUCGCUUUGUGUCUGCUCAUGACGUGGAGGUGAAGCUGAAGAGUGCAUCACCUCACAGCUCCAGCUCCUCCACCGAUGAAAGUUUCCCAUCCUACUGGGACAAAAAGGCCCUACCAGAUGUUGGAUACAAGCUCAUUACUCUCUCCAAAUCUGCAAAGGAGUUUGAAAGGAUUGAGAUGUUGUUUAAGCGCACCAUGACCCAGAGUAGUAUUAACAGCAUCCAGAGGAUCCAGAAUCCCUCUCUGUGGACAGUCUUUCAGUGGCAGAAAGGGCAGAUGAAGAAGAGGAAUGGAGGGAGUGCUGUGAAUGAGCAGUACUUGUUCCACGGGACAGAUGAGUCCCUGGUUGAGGCCAUCUGUGACCAGAACUUUGACUGGAGGGUAUGUGGCGUCCACGGCACAGCCUAUGGCAAAGGAAGCUACUUUGCCAGAGAUGCAUCCUACUCAGACAGAUAUUCCAGCGUCAGAACAAGCCUGAAGAAGACCAUGUUUGUUGCUCUGGUCCUGGUGGGGGAGUACACCAGGGGAAGCAGCAGCUACGUCCGUCCCCCGCCAAAAGAAGACGGCAAAACCUUCUACGACAGUUGCGUUGACCACAAGAGCAACCCUGGCAUCUAUGUUGUCUUUGAAAAACAACAGAUUUAUCCAGAAUAUCUUAUCAACUACUCAUAAGUCACAAUUCUGUCGUUUCCAUUUUGAAAGAUUUUGCUCAGGGGAAAAAUUCUACGCGGGUGCUCUUUAUUUUUCCUCCUUACUACAAGUGGCAGUGACUUUGUCAAAGGUUUGUGGAGUUUUACAUUGGUGGAAGGAGUGUUCAGAUACUUGAGUAAAAGUAGUAAGAAAUAAGAAAGGAUUAUCUUAUCUUAAUGCCUCAAUGUAAAAAUACAACUGAACGUCCUGGCACUAGUACUAUCAUAAGUAAAAACUACUCAUUAUAGGGCAGAAUGGCAUGAAUGAAUGAUUAUGGCAGAUGUGGUGUGGAUUUGAACGUUUCUAUAUAGUGUUACAUUAGAUUUAAUGAAAUGACAUUUCACAAAUUUUGUCGCCAUUGUCUGUUUUAAUGGUUAUUUCGUUCUGAUAGGAAUGUCUGUCAGUGGUUAUUAUUAUGUAUUAUUAUUAAUGAAAGGAAGGAUAUUGAGGAUGACAAACAGAUUACAAAUGAUCAUGUCGUAGUUUUCUUGCACUUUCUAACAACUGAUACAAGCUUCAUUGUUGUCAAUAAAGUUGAGAAAAAUACUUCUGGUAUGGCAUCUCCAAGGCAACCGCGUUUUUGUUGACAGUAAGUUGCUAGGAAACGUCGCGUAAAGAUUUUUCUUCUAGUAACCGCCAAGUUGCUUUUCACUCACACUGUAUGUUAGAAGAGUUAUUUUUCUGUAAAGUAAUGUAAUUGCAAUAUACGCGAUGUCAGUGGCUGUCUGACAUUGAUCAACAUCGUAAUAAUAAAUCGUUUUACAAAUUAAGAGCAGUGCUGGAGCAGCAACGUCAACUGAGGAGUCUUAAAAGAAAAAGAACGUUUGCGCCACAGAAACAAGACCGUCGUGAUUCUUAAAGGGGUUUGAUGGCGACUGAGAUUCGAUUCGCUUUAAGUAAUACAUCUGGAUUUAACCUGCAAAAUUCAUUCAGAAAUACCACGACGCCUGUCCUGUGCUGAAGGCGGACAUCGUACCUCUAUGUACUGUACUCGAGCUAACUAAAAAACGAGUUGAUGUUUUAAUGGUAUGACUACCGACUGGCAAAAAGAAGACUUUCUCUGUCAUUUUCCUUGUGACAGAAAGGCAGCCGAAGAUGCCUAUGAGAAAUUCCAACAUCAGCACCUCACAC